GGGCAGGUCUGGCACGGCGGCGGCGCGGCCCCUUUAAGGCUUGGCCUACGUGGCAGCCUGUAGAGCCGCCGCCGCGCAGAGAGGUCUGCCGGGCACUUCCUGCGGAGGCCGCAGCGGGCGAGCGCGACUGCGAGUCAGGCCCAGCCGCCGCCGCCAUGGGCCAGAACGACCUGAUGGGCACGGCCGAGGACGUCGCCGACCAGUUCCUGCGAGUCACCAAGCAGUACCUCCCCCAUGUGGCCCGCCUCUGCCUGAUCAGCACCUUCCUGGAGGAUGGCAUCCGCAUGUGGUUCCAGUGGGGCGAGCAGCGCGACUACAUUGAUACCACUUGGAGCUGUGGCUACCUGCUGGCCUCAUCCUUCGUGUUCCUCAACCUGCUGGGACAGCUGACUGGCUGUGUCCUGGUGUUGAGCAGGAACUUUGUGCAGUACGCUUGCUUCGGGCUUUUUGGAAUCAUAGCACUGCAGACGAUCGCCUACAGCAUUUUGUGGGACCUGAAGUUUUUGAUGAGGAACCUGGCCCUGGGAGGGGGCUUGCUGCUGCUCCUGGCAGAGUCCCGCUCAGAAGGGAAGAGCAUGUUCGCGGGCGUCCCCACCAUGCGUGAGAGCUCUCCCAAGCAGUACAUGCAGCUAGGGGGCCGCGUGCUGCUGGUCUUGAUGUUCAUGACCCUGCUCCAUUUUGAUGCCAGCUUCUUUUCUAUUGUCCAGAACAUUGUGGGCACAGCGCUGAUGAUCUUAGUGGCCAUUGGUUUUAAAACCAAGCUGGCGGCUUUGACUCUUGUCAUCUGGCUGUUUGCCAUCAACGUGUACUUCAACGCCUUCUGGACCAUUCCUGUCUAUAAGCCCAUGCACGACUUCCUCAAGUACGACUUCUUCCAGACCAUGUCGGUGAUUGGAGGCUUGCUCCUGGUGGUGGCGCUGGGCCCAGGGGGCGUCUCCAUGGAUGAGAAGAAGAAGGAAUGGUAACCGACAGGUCCCUGCCCUACCCGGCCAAGACCCAGCCAUCGAGGACUGGUUCAGGGUGGAGCCGAGAAGCUGCCAGCAUUUGUUUCCUCCCCUCCCUCCCCUUGGUAAAGGCACCGAUGUUUUGAGAACUUUAUUUACAGACCCUGAAAACCGAUGGGACAAGUCUGCUCUGGAACCAGUCUGGUACUGACUGCUGAGUGCGGCCUGCCGGAUGGACGAUCGGCCCUGCCCAGGCUCGGAGCGAGUGGCAUGCUGGGUCAUGGCCCCCCAGCCCUGUUUUUGAGUCCUUUUUGGGGUGAGGGCCUUCCAGCUGGACAGAGCAGUCUCCCUCGUUUCUUCAGUUUACAUUCUUUGCUCAAACUACACGUCUCGGGUGGGCCCUGCAGACAUCUCCCAGCUCAGCGCCCUGGGUUAGAACCGCACCAGUGGUAUCCACACUGCUCUGCCCUCGAAUUGUAGUUCCUUUCCUGCUCAGCCACUGAAGACCUCCUAGGAGCUCUGGAGCCAAGGAGCGAGGCAGUAUUGCAGGGGCAACCCAGGCUGCUGGUGAUGCCACAUUCAUACGCUCAGCUGGGCUCUGAUCCUGGGUGACACAUACCCCAAUGUACAAUGGCUCGAGGCUGAGGCCACACACCCUUGGGUCGCUGCCACUGUCCUGUCCUGUGGUGCACCGGUCAGGAGGCUGCAUAUAGGAUGGCCAGCCCCACCACUGAAUCAGCUUGGGGAGCAGUGGCCCCAUGGGCGCAGCCCAGUUACCUCACCUGACCUUCAGAGCCAGGCCUGGAUGCCCCAGCAGCCGAGUCACGUCCCCGAGGCUGUUGCUUGCUCCAGUUUUGUCCGAGAUUAUGUCUCACAGUUUGUGAUGCCUUACCGAUCUGGUCUCAGUCCUGUAUUUAAAGUUUUCUAACAUUGCCUUA